CGGGGCGGGCGGAGCCGUUGGGCGGGGCGGGGCCGGCCAUGGAGGCGGCCGGGGGCCUGCACCAUACCUGCGGCCCGCACGUGUCAGCUUAUGCACCUUGCAUGUGUGUGUACCCACGCAGCAGGAUAGAGGUACUUGCAGACCCCAAACCACUAUUUUGCCAAGCCAGCAGUCCCACGCUUGUAUGGGGAAACCAGGAGACAAUAUGGACCCUCUCACCUGGUGCUAUGACAGCUACACCAUCUGCAAGAACCUUGCAUCUGUGCCAGCCCAAGAAAGAUUUUACCAAGUAUGGGCGCAGUUGCAGACCAGUAGUUGGUGGGAAUCCCCUGCUACCGAAGUAUGGCUACCCAUCUGAACGGCUGCUGAGGUUGUCUGAACCCAAAAAAUACCUCCCUGCUUACCUGGAACAAAGAUCCCGUGAGACCCCAGAGUGGCCUGUGUCCCUGGCUGCACAGAACUAUAAUGCCUCCAAGCGGAUACUGCAGCUUGCCCAGCCAAAGGCGCUGCACCCAGACUUCAUGCCGCCCAGAGAGGUGCCAAUACAGGUUUCCAGCUUAGCAAUCUCGGCCAGUGCAUCGGCGCGGGUCCAGAAGCUCGCAGAGCCCGUGAUCAGGGAGUUGACCUGCUGCACUACGCACACCAAACCUGGUGUUAUGUCUCCGGCUUCCACGUCAUCUCGGAAGGUAAUUGCAAGCGCUCGGACCAUUGAGCUGUCGAAGCCCAAACAACUCCACCCUAAGUUCAUGCCCGCGCGGGAUCCCGAGUGGCCUGUGACAAAGGCUGCCAGGCAGGCAGUAGCUACAGAAAGAAUUGUGGGGCUGGCCCAGCCUUCCUCGAGACCUCGUCAGGGCUUGACUGCACUCAACCCAGAUGCAUUCAAAGUGAAAGAGAGAGCUCUGAAGGCGGUUUGUACUCCACGGCUCGCUGAACUAGCUCAACCAAUUAGGCGCUAAGCUCCUUCAGAAAUGCUCCUGCCAUCUGCCCGCAUCACCCCUUGGAACAUCACUCUCUCUGGGCUGUGCUGUGGCUGGAAAAUCUCUUUGAACACAGCGCAGAGGCAGCACUCAGCCUGGAACACUUUCUGGGAGUUAAAAUAAAAUCAUCAUUCCUUAAGAAUAGUCAUCAGGGAAAAUGACAGAAUUCAACUUAAUGUGGGAAGACUCUCUCCCUAGGAUGGGUUGUGUCUGGAGUUUCUCUCUUGGUUGUUUUGCUGUAAUAGUUUAGAAGUAAUGAAACAACUGCAGGGGGAAGGCACCACAGGAACUGUCUUUUCAUGCAGGGAAGUGUGGCAAACUAAACUCAAAAGCACGCAGCAAGUUGAUGCAACACAACUCCUGAAUUUAGGUUUAAAAUUUUUUGCUAAAGUUUUAGCAAAACUUUAGUUCAGCAAAACUUUUGAGUGUCAGUAAGAAGAUCUUUUUACUGACACUCAAAAGUUUUAUGCUAGUGACAGGAGUAGAAAUACAGAAGGCUGCAAUGUAUGUUGAGUUGGCUUGGAUUUGGGGCCUGUUUUCUCAAAUGCCUGGAGAACAGGCAGAUCCAGAUACAUAGGUGGGUUAAAGCUGUGUGGUUCAGAUACUCAGUAUGUGACCCUGGGCAAAAUAAGAGAGUUCUGCAUUGGGAUUUUUGGAGCCUGACUCAAAAAAGCAGAGUCCCUCUCAGUGUAAGAGAGAAGUCAAGUUGCAAAGGCUAAGCAGAAAACAAGUAUUGAUGCCGGAGUCUGCAGACCAAAUUCUGAGCUCCAGUCAAGUCUGUGGGUAAGUCAGUUUGACAGCUGGAUUGCAGGGGAACAACACAGCCUGUGCAGGGCAGACAUAAGGGGAGAACCCUUUUAUCUGCUUCCUACAGGGUCAGAUAAGCCUGACCAACCACUGGCGACAGGCUGGAGAUACUGAGGCAAGAGAGAUGCUCUCCAGUAAGCGACAAAAGCCACAAAUGAAAGCAUAUGGCAGUUUCAGAGCCAAUGUAUUUUAAUCUUCCCUUUGUUAAGCUGAUUCUCCUUCCAAAGGAGUAGAGGCAGGUGACCACAAACCAGAAGGGGAUUAAUCAGAGGCUCCAUUAAUUGAUUCAGUAAUCCACUAAGCAGAAGACUUUUGAAGCCUUUUGAAUAAGGUAAGGUCACUGGGAAAUUGUGCUGGUUAUUUUUAGACCAGGCAUUGUCCUGUGCCAGGAUGGAUGAGAGUUUGGACUUUGUGCAAGAGCCCCAGUGCAACUGCAUUCCUCAGGCUUGAGAAUGGUCAGGAGGAGACUGGGGUCUCCCCCUAAAACCCCCAUGCAUCUGGGCGAACCCCAGCACCACCAUCCUCUGCCACCUUGGGAAUUAGGAGGUGUGUGGGGUUGUGUGGGCUGCCAUGCAUGGACCCACAGGUGCCCUAGGAGAUGAGGCUGCCCAUGGCUGUCCCUAUGGCAAAGGGAAAACCCACUGUGCCCACUGAGGGUGCCUGGGAGAAAUGUUGCCCUUCCAGAGGAAGGAGUCUGCCUCCUGUCAUGGGGGCAGGGAGCACAAGGAGGGACAUAGCAUAGCUCCUCUUGUUAAAAAAUGUUGGGUUUUUAUAAUUGCACUGGGAAAAAACCCAAAACAAACCAUGAGUUCUUUCUCUUUGGUGACCUUUAACAGAAAGGUAAAAAAGGCAUUCAAAGGGUGCUUGGCUUGGUCAGAUUAUGGUGUAGGCACUUGGUUUGCAGUAUCCAGAGCUGAUUCUGGCACGUUGAGCCAAAUCAGGUCACUUGGACGACACACCUGGUUUUCCAGAUGCCCUGUUCGCUGGAUGAUCUGUGCCUUAAAGCUGACACACAUACUUUGCCUCUGUAGAUUGUAAGGAAAAGGAAUCUUUAUUUUUUCCUUCUAUAUUUGAACAUAGAUCAUGGCAACAUUUCUGCAAGCCUGGAACAAGGGCAUGAAAUUGCCUUUUCUUGUGCAGCUGCUGUUAAUGGGUUGGAAUCACAAGAUAGGUUAUCAGCCAUCAAAAGUUGUAUACACACAUGUGUGUGCAUAUACAUAUACAUAUAUAUAUAUAUAUAAGUAUAUAGAGUGGGUUUUUUUCUGGUUAUGUACAUGUUAAAUAAGAUUUACGUUAAAUAGCAGAGUAUUACUUUGUAUCGCAAAACCUAUUGCAACAGAAGAACCCCAAG